ACUAGUGAUCUGAAAGCAACGUGGAGGUGCCUUAAAAACACUUUAGUGUGUAGUUAAUUAAUGAUAAGAUUUCCAACUGGGCAGAGUGGGUUAUAUAUCCCAAGCUCAAGGUUCAAGAGCCAACAGUUGUGACGGAGAAAUCAGAAUGACGGGCAAAGAGGAUUUACAGUUGACAACUGUCUCAUGUGCGAAUGAAGAGGGAUUAGAUAAUCCAGGAUUUGUAAAGGAUGAUAAAUCAUCAGAUGACAGUGAGAAUGAUCAAGAAGAGUCAGAAAAGGAUUCAAAAUCAUGCUUAAGAAAAGCUUGCAUACCCAUCACAGCCACAGAGACCUUCUUCAAGGCUCACUCCAAAAUAAUCAAAUACAUUGCUCUGGCAAUAUUUGCUGCAGGUUAUGUGGCAUACUUCAUUGCUGCCUGUAUUUUAAAUUUCAAGAGGGCAAUUGCUUUGGUUGUUCUCACUUGUUUUGGGGUGCUCGUCAUUGUGUUCGAAGUCGUGCAUAAGUAUAAGGGUGACAGCAUAAGGAGAUUCUUUAAGCCUGCUCAAAGGUGGUUUAAAUCUAACAUGAGAUGGAUAAAAUGGGUGUUUGUAGUAAUUGUGCUGGGAUUGCUGGUGGCGUGGUUGGUGGUCGACACACGAAAGCGUCCAGAACAGCUCAUCUCUUUUGGAGGUGUCUGCCUCUUUGUUAUUGUCAUAUUUCUGUUCUCUGCACACAGAACUGCGGUGCGAUGGAGGACGGUCUUUUGGGGACUUGGUUUACAGUUUGCCAUCGGCCUGUUUGUCAUAAGAACAGAACCAGGUCUCAAAGCCUUCGAAUGGCUCGGAGAGCAAGUUCAGACAUUUUUGAACUACACAAAAGCAGGCUCAUCAUUUGUGUUUGGAAACCUGAUUGAAAACAUAUUUGCGUUCCAGGCUCUUCCUAUAGUUGUGUUCUUCAGCAGUGUAAUGUCUGUUCUGUACUACUUGGGUGUGAUGCAGUGGAUUAUUAUGAAGAUAGCCUGGGUUAUGCAAGUCACGAUGGGAACCUCCCCUACAGAGACUCUCAGUGUGGCAGGAAAUAUAUUUGUUGGACAGACAGAGGCACCCCUACUAAUUCGUCCGUAUUUGAAAGACAUGACUAAAUCAGAGAUUCACGCUGUCAUGACUGGAGGAUUUGCCACCAUCGCUGGGAGUGUUAUGGGUGCCUUCAUAUCAUUUGGGAUUGAUGCCUCAGCUUUGAUCUCAGCAUCUGUAAUGGCGGCCCCAUGUGCCUUAUCCAUCUCCAAACUGUCUUACCCUGAAACUGAGAAGAGCAAGUUCACAUCUAAGAGUCAGAUUAAAGUUGAUGGCGGUGGUGAGCAGAACGUCUUAGAAGCUGUCAGUGGUGGAGCAUCUGCAUCUAUAGGACUUGUGGCCAACAUCGCUGCUAACCUGAUUGCUUUCCUCGCCAUUUUGGACUUUAUCAAUGCAGCUCUCAGCUGGUUGGGAGGAAUGGUUGGAUACCCCGACGUUACUUUUCAGUUGAUCUGCUCUUACGUCUUUAUGCCUGUGGCCUUUAUGAUGGGGAUUCCAUACGAUGAAUCAUUUAUUGUGGCUGAACUUAUUGGUACCAAACUCUUCCUCAAUGAGUUUGUAGCCUAUGAGAAGCUGUCAGAGCUCAAAAGCACCAGACUUAAUGGCACUUUGCAAUAUGGUCCAGACAGAAAUUGGAUUUCAGUUCGAUCAGAAAUCAUCUCUACCUACGCUUUGUGUGGCUUUGCUAACUUUAGUUCUCUUGGCAUUGUUAUUGGAGGCUUGUCCUCUAUUUGUCCACCAAGAAAAAGUGAUAUAUCUGCUAUAGUGCUUAGGGCCCUGUUUACAGGCACAUGUGUUUCACUGAUCAAUGCCUGUAUUGCUGGUAUACUUUUUGUCCCUCCAUUGGACUGUGUGGGUGUGUUUCAGAAUUCAGUCUUCAAUAGCACUGUGCCCGACAUUAAAACUUGUUGUUAUGAUCUUUUUGAUAGUGCUAAUAACACCAAUGGAACAAUUUCCUUUGAGGGCUCCUGGGGCAAAAUAGAAAACGCUACGCUGUACUUCACCAACUGUUGUGGUCUCUUCAGUAAACCUGUUUGCAUGUAGGUUGACUCAAAGGUAUCACUGCAACAGUGGCAAAACUUUAUGUGUUAUUAUUUAUUAAGCUGGGACUGUUUUUGAGUGGAUGAUGUUUUUGAUGUGUAAUUUCAUAAUAUAAAUAACAUGUAUUAUUAUAGAGCGAAAGCAUGUGCAAGUUAAAUGUAUAUUUUAUUUAAUGAACUUUUUGUGUAACACUCAAUGUUGUUGUUUGUAAAUGGUAAUUUAUAUAAUUAUCAUAUAAUUACACGAUUUUAUGAUGGUUAUCUUGACAAAAUACCAGCUUUUUAUAAGGCUGUAAAUGUUGGCAUCUUUUA